GUUAAAUUUAGUGUCAAAAUAACAAUCAACCGGUGAAGACUGAAUUCAUCUUUUUUUUCGUAGAUAUUCGUUAAACUAUAAAAUUUGUUACUCUGGACAAAUUUAGGUUUUAAAAGAAAAAUUCUUCACAUUCCAAAAACAAAAGUAAAAAUUUUAAAUGUAAUAAAAAGUAAUUUAGGGCCAGUUUGACGUGUUUAAGAAAAGCGCAUUUUUCUGAGCAACAGUUUUAUUUCUUUUUUAUUUAAUUUAUAUUUUAGUUUGUGGGGUAAAACACGUAAAUGAAAAAGUAAAUUAAAAAAAUAAAACUAGAAGCUUUCAAGUUCCAUACGCAAUAUUUAUUAAAUUUGUUUAAAGUUGCAAAAUUUCAUUUUCAAAAAAAAUCUUCAUGAAACGAUAGAGUUGAAGCGGACCAAAAAAAAAAAAGAAGAAAAAAAAUCGCUCAAAAUUAUUGCCACCAUAAACGAUAACUAUGAGACGACCAAAUAUCAAGUGGCUUUUUAAAACUGGCUGCCUACUUAUCAUAGUUGGAACAUUAUUUAUUCUCCUAACGGGUUACUUAUCAGCCAGUCCAUACACAAAUCAUUUACCAAAUCAACGACCGAAUGCAGUGCCAUAUGAACAGGACCAGCAGCAACAACUACAGAGACAGGGCAGAAAACUUGAAGAUCCUUUAUUAGACGAGCCACCGUUGAAAAAACAGCAGCAUAAGGAACAUGUCAGAAAGUCACCGCCAAUUGUGCCGCCUGUUGAUCAACCUGAAAUUAAUAGAAAUGACAAAGAAAAUCUCAUUGAGAAAGAAGAAGUGAAUAAUGCCAUUGAUGAAGAAGAUCCCAGUCAACAACAAGAAAAUGUCAAUGAUAAUCAAUCACAACGGCAGCAACAACAAAUACAACAAAUAAUGCCACCAAAUCAAACGAAAAAAGAUUGGCACGACUAUACUGCCAUGGAACGUGAUGCCAAGCGUAUUGGUUUCGGUGAACAGGGCAAACGUGCUACAAACAAUGAUGAAACCACAAAAGAUUUGGAACGCAAAAUGUCUUUAGAAAAUGGUUUCAAUGCAUAUUUAUCGGAUAUGAUAUCAGUGAAUCGUUCAGUGCCCGAUAUACGUAAUAAAGGCUGCCGCACUAAACAAUAUCUUUCGGUAUUGCCAACUGUGAGCAUAGUCAUUCCAUAUUUCAAUGAACACUUUAGUGUUUUAAUGCGCUCAGUACACAGUUUAGUUAAUCGUUCACCUCCCGAAUUGUUAAAGGAAAUCAUUCUAGUCGAUGAUUUUAGUGAUCGUGAAUAUCUCUUCAGGCAAUUGGAUCAAUAUAUUGAAGAGAAUUUCCCAAAAUUGGUACAAAUUAUACGUUUGUCCAAGAGAACCGGCUUGAUCGGAGCCCGUAUGGCUGGAGCUCGUAAGGCUACAGCAGAGGUUUUAAUAUUUUUGGAUUCACAUAUAGAAGCCAACUACAAUUGGCUGCCACCUCUAUUGGAACCGAUAGCGCUCAAUAAACGUACUGCUGUGUGUCCCUUCAUCGAUGUUAUAGAUCAUAGUAAUUUUGAGUAUCGUGCUCAGGAUGAAGGUGCACGUGGUGCUUUUGAUUGGGAAUUUUACUAUAAACGUUUGCCAUUAUUGCCGGAGGACUUAGUCGACCGUACCAAACCCUUUAAGAGUCCAGUUAUGGCUGGCGGUCUGUUUGCCAUUUCUCGUGAGUUUUUCUUCGAGUUGGGUGGUUACGAUGAAGGUUUAGACAUCUGGGGUGGAGAACAAUACGAAUUAAGUUUCAAAAUUUGGAUGUGUGGCGGCGAUAUGUAUGAUGCACCUUGCUCACGUGUAGCUCAUAUUUACAGGGGACCUCGCAAUAGUCCACCCAGUCCUCGUAAAGGGGAUUAUGUUCACAGAAAUUAUAAACGUGUUGCUGAAGUUUGGAUGGACGAAUAUAAAAACUAUUUAUAUGAACAUGGCCAGGGCAUCUACGAACAGAUUGAUGCUGGCGAUUUGACAGAGCAGAAAGCCAUACGCACAAAAUUGCAGUGCAAAUCAUUCAAGUGGUUUAUGGAAAAUGUGGCAUUUGAUUUAGUUAAGGUUUAUCCACCAAUUGAACCUCCAGAUUAUGCCUAUGGCGCUCUUAAGAAUUUAGGAACGCCUACAUUGUGUGUUGAUACACUUGGUAAACCUCGACAUUCCGAAAUUGGGUUAUAUCCCUGCCAUGAAGAUCCUAAACGUCCGGGGCGUAAUCAAAAUUGGGCUUUAAGUUGGCAUAGAGAUUUACGUUUGCGUCGUAAACUUGACUGCAUGGAUGUUCAACAGACAUACAAGAACGCUCCAGUUUGGUUGUGGGAUUGUCACGGUCAAGGUGGCAAUCAAUUCUGGUCAUAUGAUCGUGAAAACAAAUGGUUAGUACACGGUCGUAAUAAGGGUCAAAAUAAAAGAUGUUUAGAAGCUUCGCCCAGAGAUCGUAAGCUCUAUGUUAAUAUUUGUGAUGAAGAUAACCCUCAUAUGCAAUGGUCUUUCGGUGUUGUAAAUAACACAGCUCUGGAUAGUUUUUGGGUGGGCAUUCCCAAAACUCAUUAAGAUAUUUUUCUGUCAGCCGUUAAAGUAUGUGAUUACCUUUUGUACUUAAUCGUAUGUGUUUCUUUUAAUUUUAAUUUAAGAACUUAGUUCUAGUGACAGAGACUCGUAUAGUGAUGGUGAUUCUCCACUCGAUUCAUUCAUUAUAUACAACCACACAAACUGAAAGUACUUGUAAAUAAGUUUUAUGCACAAGACAUAGCAUUAAAGUACUAACGCAUCAUUCUAGUUUUAAAACAUUUUUAAUUUUAUUUUUUAAUAAUGCCAAGUAUUGUUAUAUAUAUAUUUUUCUUUUCAACUAAAGUAAAAGAAAAAAAUCCAUGUUUGCCAAUAUUUUACUACAAUUUAUUUUUAAGUUUUCGCAAUAGUUAUAAAUAAAUAGAAAACAAAUUAAAAAAAUCUAAAAGAAAAUAAAGUGUUCUAUUUUAUAAUUAGUUAAUUAUUAUGUAAUGAAAUGUAUUGUAAACAGCAAUGUCUUUUAAUAAAGCAAUAAGUAGUUUUUAA